AUGUCUUCCAGCCGCAAAAGCGCAUAUAAGGCCCCGCCAUCGUCAGCACUUGAGGAACAGAAACGCCGCCGUGCCCAACGCAUCGACUCCUCGCGCAACCUCGAUCUGUUUGCGGGUUUGAAUCUCGGUCCAUCCGAUGACGAGGAUGAAGAAGUGGACGAGGGUGAUGAACCACUCAUCGCACGAGAAGGUCUUGUGCAGUUCGCCGCGAUGCUCGUCCCCGGCCCAAGUAGCACGUCCGCGGACGCCACAACAUCCCCUGCCAUCGCCAUACCCCAUGAGGUUGAAGUCAAACCCGCUCUGGGAACUGGAUCAAACAAAACUAAGAAGAAGCGACGGAAGGGAAAGGGCAAAGGGAAGUCAAAGAAACCGAGCAAGUAUGCCGACAAGUGCAUGUAUGCCGAGCUGCUCGAGAUGCGCGACCCGAGCGCGAUCACUGGCGAAUAUAUGUUGGACGCUGCUGCUUCAGAGGACGGUCUCCCUCAUGACAUGGACACUCCAGGGGCAUGGGUCGCCGUCGCGCCUGUGCCUAAGGGGAAGAGGUGCUUGGCGGUGACCUAUCAAGCAAGCAGUGGAGGUGCCGUUCCAAACACUUCUCUCCGCUCACGGCUACUCGGCAAAUCGCUCAUGGCCCCGUUUCCGAGCAGUCUUCCCCCAAACACCAUCCUCGAUUGCAUCCUAGACGAUGACUGGAGGAAUAAUGGGAUUCUGCACGUCUUGGACUGUGUUCGGUGGAUGGGCCGCGAUGUCGGCGAUUGCGAAGUUGGAUUCAGAUUCUGGUGGCGCGAUACCCGCCUUGCAGAGUUGCCGCCAACUGUGCCGCCUCCUCCGAGGAGACCCAAGCUGAGCCAAGGCCCGCCGUCGCCCAGCAUCAGCGUUGGUUCCAUGCCCAGCUCGCGCGGCUCAUCUCCCUUCACCCCUUCGGCGCAAUCUGCCGCGCUCCCACAACCAGACUCAUCACAUCGGACCCCUCCCUCGCUGUUCCCUCCUGUCUCCAAGCAUACCGCGCUGCCUCUCGGUUUACACUCUUCUACGCCUGAGAUACGGAGCGACGUCGACGAGGCGUACAGGUUCCCGUACCCUACCACGCUGGUCCCCGUCCCGUACGACGCGGACACCUCGCUCCCCCAUCUUCUGCAGAGCGUGAUCCCGCGAGCGCGCGCAAUCCGCCAUCUCAACGUUCAGGUUCCCUCCACGUCAGCGGUGCAACACCGGCACCCGUUCUCCUUUUCCUUCUCGGCGCCGCAUGGGGAUAUGGAAGUCGAAAUGGCGCAGGACAACGAGCAGGGGAACGACCCGGUGAUGGCGAUGAAUACUAUGCAAGCUCUCAUACGUCCAGAUGGAAUGCUGUUAUACGUGGCGAGCGCGACGUACGAACCUGGGACGAGCCCGCUCAGCUCGUGGGUGCCCAUCGAUGCCUAUGCCGACGAGCACCAUCCACCCGGGGCGGACCCCGGGGUUGAGCAACACGCAAGUUCGAGCCGAACCCAGGAGCCGCCAUUGAGUAUGUUUGAGAGGCUCGUGAGGAGGAGGCUGGCAGGAGCACAUGUCCGAGUGCAGGGACAUGUGCAUCAGUCUCCGCUUACUAGUGCCGCAAAGUCGAUGGACGCUGAGGUAGAGGACAUGAUGGAAGCCUGAGAUGAAGCAGGUCGCGAUGCCGGAUGUUGGUCACUGGACGCUGUUCAGUUCGGCUGAAUGUUUAUAUUGAUGUUGACAAA